UACGAGGACGUAUUUUGUCGAUGGGGUAUUAACAAAUAAGAGUUUGCCUACAGGCACAGAGUUUAAAAUGCGUUAGUAUUGACACAAAUUGUUAUCCUUAACUUGUCUGUUUGGCAGACUUUGACUAAUUUGAGGAAAGUAUGAGGAAUUAUAUUAUUGCUUAUGGUGUAUAUAUUUUAACUGGUCUUAUUCUCAUUUUACAAACAGGAAUAUGUUAUUCUAAAUCAGUGUGGGAUAUAUGGUGGAAUUAUGAAGGCAUAUCAGGGCCUCAGUAUUGGGGUGUGGUUAAUACAGAUUAUGUGAUGUGUAAAAAAGGUCGACAGCAAUCUCCUAUAAAUAUCGAACCGUCGAGAUUAUUGUACGAUCCCAAUUUAAAGCAUCUCCAGAUAAACUUUACUGAUGUGAAAGGUGUGUUAAUUAAUACAGGUAGAGAUAUAUCUAUAGAGAUUCAGUCUACUGGUUAUAACCAUUUAAAUAUAUCACUAGGACCUUUAUCUUAUACAUAUCGUCUAGAAGAAAUCAAGUUUCAUUUCGCUAAUAAAGAUCAAAUAGGAUCCGAACACAGAAUUAAUGGAAAAUCGUUUCCUGCAGAGAUGCAUCUAUUAGCCUUUAACAGCGAUUUGUAUCAAAAUGGAACUUCAGCUUUAAAAGGAGUGAAAGGGUUAGCCGUAAUCGCAGUCUUUAUAGAGAUUGGAAAAGAUAUCAACAAAGCAUUUCAUCUAAUAUCCAAGGAACUUAAAAGAUUACGAUAUAGAGGAGAAAGAACGAUGAUACACCAUUUAGAAUUAGAGAAACUUCUUCCAAAAACAGAACAUUAUAUGACGUAUGAAGGUUCUCUCACGCAACCAGGUUGCCAGGAAACAGUCACGUGGAUAGUAUUUAAUAAACCAAUCAAAAUAGCAAAAGAACAGCUUUCUGCCUUACGUGUUUUAUACGACGGAAGAGAAAAUAACCCGGAUUUAGCUGAGGAAAUAAAUUCUCGUCCCGUGAUGCCUUUAAAUCAUAGAGUGGUUAGGACUAAUAUCAACUUUAGAAAGAGGACGAGAUUAUGCACAAUGGAAAAAGAUAUGCAUUAUCAAGUGAAUUCAAUCUACAAGAAAUAGAAAUCGAACUCUACUUGCAAUACACUGCUGCUGCUCUUAUAACUAUACACAUUGACGUAACAGGUGAUUCAAAUAUUUAAAUGUAGAAAUAUGUACAUAUAUAGUAUUAGAACUGUUGUAUAUUCAUAUUAAGGGUCGUAGUAAGGAUGUUUUAAUCCUUAAGAAGAACCAUAAAAUAAAAGAACAAAGUCUUCCUAAUAAACACAAGAGACAGUUACCAUCUGAACGGCCUCUAUUACUACGACGAGACUAUGACACCAGCCAUGAUCCUGUUCCAAUCUUUAAAUUUGUGUAUGAUGUAUAAAUAUCAUGUAUUUAUUUAAAUGUGUAAAACAUGUAUAAUCUGUGUUUAAAUUAUUUGAU